GUGACAGUUCAAGUUAAAAAAAACUCGCGAUUCGUUGCAUCACAAAAUUUUUUAUCGCGAUUUUUUUUCGUAUCAAGCAUUAAAAACUUAUUCUAUUCUUCCGUGUGAAAGUGUGCGGUGCCGCUAGGCUCAAUAAUUGAAACAAAUUGUGUACAAUUUGCUUAACAAUACUAUCGUCUCUGUGUGUUUUCUAUCGCCUAGCUCGUCUCGUUAUGCCCAACAUUCCAGUGCUGGUCGCUGUCGUCGGUUGAUUGUGCACGGGAUGAAGUUGUUCACUUACUCGCAAGUGGUGGGUAAAAUCAAUCUAUAUCUGCGCAAAAAUGUAAGAGAUCAAUCGCCAAAGAUCCUACGUCUGUGGGCUACCCAAUGCGAGUUCGUGUUUGCUCAGCAGUUGCGAAGAAGUCAACAGAUUUUUGCUCUGUAUGCAAAGAUCUGGGAGGAGCGAGCUUUGCGGGAGCUACUUCGUCGGUUCCGUGGUCAGGUCCAACGUCACGCGAAAGGCUUCCUGCUAUCGUCAGCUACGCUGCUGUCGUUCGACUGGGAGAGAGAACGCAUUGAAUAUGAUGACGUUAAAGAUUAUUUCGAUGAUUUCAACUUUCUAGAUCGUCUGCAGAAGGAAACAAUCUUCUGUCCUCGGUGCCAGAGACGGAAAGAAAUCGACGGACAGGUGGAGGGUAUUCGUUACUGUAGCUGCCCCAAGAAUGUUACCGAUAUGCUAUCAAAGGAACAGAACAAGUUUACCGCCUGGGAGCCGUACAUAGAGCAGAAAAGUAUGAUUACCUGGCGCCAGGAGGUUAAACCGGGACUUUACGCCUAUAAAGUCUAUGUCGAGUAUCCAGACAUUACCGCAGACGAUUUUCUUCAUGUCCAAACCGACGUUGAGUAUAGGAAAAAAUGGGACAACACUGCGGUUAGUUUGGAAAUUAUUGACGAAGAUGUUGGCAAAGGAUCGAACAGUCACAUUAUCUACUGGGAAAUGCUUUGGCCGAAAUUAUUUGCCAACCGCGACUAUGUGUACAAUCGGCGCUACUUCGUCGAUCGUUCUAAGAAAGUUAUCGUAAUUGUAAAUAAAAGCGUCCAGCAUCCAAAGUGUCCUGUAAAAGCAAACAAUCGGCGUGUUAAUGAGUACUGGAGCUUCAUGGUCAUCAAACCGACCACUACUUUCAACAAACCGGGAGUAUCUUUCAUCCUAACGUAUUUCGAUAAUCCGGGCUUGUCCAUCCCGAGAUACAUUACCAACUGGGUAGCCAAAAAACAGAUGCCCGAUUUUCUGCACCAACUUCACCGGGCCACGGUUGAGUAUGCAGCUGCGAAAAAACACAGCGAAACGAGAGUGGUUGAGUUUUGGGAUAGACAUCGCGAUCCAGGUUUUGAGUAUCCACCCGAUUGGCUGCCUGGAUUUAGCAGCGAGGAUUAUCAGGAGGCAAAAAGUGAACAAGAAAGCAAUAUUACUCUUCAAGAAGUCAAUCCCAAUUUCCAACCUACGGCAAACGAAGCAAACUUGCGCAGUGACCAGUCUGUCGAUAACGGGGAGCAGAGCAUUAAAACCAAUAAUCAACCAGCGUCAUCCCAAGCAGCAGUUGCCAUCACACCAGGAACCACACCAAUAACAACAACAACAACAGCAACGGCAGCACAAGACGAUUGCGCAGCCCAGAAAACUUCCUGGUGGAGCUAUCUCUAUUCGUAUUUGUAUUUUAUUUAAAAGUUGAAAGCAGAUUACCGCUUCAUUGUAACGAGAUCAUGACUUUGCUGAGUUCCUGUAUUUUUUAUCUAGUUGUAUUCGUUUCGCUGGGCUUGCCACCGAACUUUUCAAUUCGUCUGAUAGCCCGCGCCCGUACCUGAUAGCGAACAAUAAGGAACUGAAUCAAGCUCUGUUCCAAAGAGACGGGCACCCUUGUAUCUUUAUCGCAUAACAGCUUUAGUUAGUUCGUAACAUCGUGAAUUAGCGAACAAGAGGCAUUAACCAAACGGAAGGAAAUGAGGCUUAUCGACUGUUGCUGCGCUCAGGUCGGCGUUAUUUGAUUUCACUGCACACGGUACAAUAAGUACUGGCCGACUGACUGAUCGAACUAUGGCUGAGUAGCGGAAGGCAAAUUGUGGUAUGAAACGCAUCAACAUACUUACCAGCAAAGUGCAUACCAAAAAUUGUGAUUACAAAAAAAAAAAUACAUCUACAACUAUACUGUUAGAAAAAAAACAUGUAACGAACCAAAUACGGAGUCCUGAAAAAAAGCAAUGCAAUAUUUCUCAAUUUUAAGAAAUUGUGAGUCAACGAGUUAUUAUUUUUUUUUACUUACAACAUACAACUAUUACAUUGUUUCGAAAUUGAUUAUGUUAAGAAUUCUUCUUGUUAAGACUACUUACGAUUGUAUUUAAUACUCAAGAGUUAGGUUGUCUCCGAAGAAACAUUGUUGAUAACUGAAAGUGCUAAAAUUAGAAUGAUCUGUAGAUAUGUA